AUGAUAUGCGCAAAACAGCGAGCUGUUACAAGCCAGCAGCUCAUGGGUCAACUUCCUUCGGCCAGAGUUCGUCCUUCAAAACCAUUCCAACAUUCAGGCAUAGAUUAUGCUGGGCCGUUUCAGCUUCGCAGUAUGCGAGGGAGAGGAGCUAAAAUGUACAAAGGAUAUUUAAUCGUCUUUGUUUGUAUGACUACCUCAGCUGUUCACCUGGAGAUCACUUCUGACUACACGACAGCGGGAUUCCUAGCAGCAUUCAAACGUUUCUCCGGUCGUCGUGGAAUCCCAAGCUGCAUCUAUAGCGAUUGUGGAACAAAUCUGGUGGGAGCUGAUAAGGAACUUCGAGCAAUGUUCUCGGCAGCCUCGUCGCAGUGGAGACAUCUUGCACAUCUGCUCAGUUGUGACGGGACCGAAUGGAAAUUUAAUCCGCCAGCAGCGCCCCACUUCGGAGGAAAAUGGGAGGCGAGCGUAAAAUCAGUUAAAACUCACUUUAAGAAGGUCGUCGGAGCAACAACACUUACUUAUGAAGAAUUUUCGACGGUCCUCGUUCAAAUUGAGGCCGUAUUGAACUCACGACCUCUUUGUUCAAUCUCCGAUGACCCUAAUUCUUACGAAAUUUUAACGCCCGCCCAUUUCCUCAUCGGCAGUUCCCUCACUGUAGUUCCUGAGCCUUCCUUGCUCGACGUUAACAUUUCACGUCUUUCACGAUGGCAACAUUUGCGACGAAUGAUAGACGACUUCUGGCUAAAAUGGGAGAGAUUUUAUCUCCAGUUCAUUCAAAAUUCCAAUAAAUGGUAUCAGCAACGUAACUUACCUCAAGUAGGAAGGUUGGUUCUUAUAAAGGACGAACGUUUCCCUCCGUCCAAGUGGGCACUUGGUCGAAUUACGUAUCUCCACCCCGGACCGGACGGAUUUGCGCGAGUGGCAACGGUGAAGACACCAACAACGACUUUAACGCGACCCGUCACUAAACUUUGUGUCUUACCGAGUGCCGAUAAUUGA